AUGUCUAGUCAGGAAAUCUCUGGACUUAAGAUUGCUCAGCAUAGUCCAACAUUGUCUCACCUCUUUUUUGCAGAUAAUACAUUGAUUUUCUACAAAGCUAACAAAGAAGAAGCAGAUAAAGUGAUGAAGCUAUGGAAGAUGUAUGGGAAAGCUUUAGGACAAGUUAUAAAUGCUGAGAAGUCAUCUGUAUUUUUUAGUACGAAUACUGGAGAUAAAGUGAAGGUAGAAAUAUUGGAUAUCUUGGGAGGCAUGAAGGAAGCUAGGCAAAGCAAAUAUCUUGGCCUUCCAUUGGUUAUAGGAAGACCAAAAAAACAAGUCUUCAACUACAUUAGGGAGCGUGUCAUCAACAGGAUGUGUGGAUGGAAGGAGAGACUACUGAGUAAUGCUGGUAAAGAGGUCCUUUUAAAAUCUGUGAUUUUAGCUCUACCUGCUUAUGCUAUGAGUUGCUGCAAACUGCCAAAAGGGGAGUAUACUGUGAAAACUGGCUAUGUGGUGGCUAAAGAGUUGCAGAGAAAAGGAAGAAGGGAAAGUCAGCAACAAGGGAGUAGUAGCAGGAAUGAUGCUAAUUCAGGGGUGUGGAGAUUCUUAUGA